UGCCCCGUGUUUUUCCAUGGAGCACUGGUUCCUUUCAGUGGGGGAUGGUAAUCUUGGAGAAACCAAGAUGUUGGUGCUGUGUUCAUCGCCACGAGGACCUUGCAGUCCAGCUGGGGCGUGUGUCCAUCCCGUGUGUGGGCGUAGGGAGCUGCGGUGCAACCCGGGCCAGUUCGCCUGUCGCAGCGGUGCCAUCCAGUGCAUCCCCCUCCCCUGGCAGUGUGACGGCUGGGCGACUUGUGAGGAUGAGAGCGACGAAGCUGACUGUCCAGAAGUGACCGGGGAGUCGCGUCCUUACCAUGGGAAGGAGGCUGUGGACCCGAGGCAGGGGCGGGCUCGAGGCAGCGGCCCUACUUCCCACUUCCACGCCAUGAACGUGGCUCAGCCCGUCCGCUUCAGCAGUUUCCUAGGGAAGUGCCCGACAGGGUGGCACCACUACGAGGGCACGGCCAGCUGCUACCGCGUCUACCUGAGCGGGGAGAACUACUGGGAUGCAGCGCAGACCUGCCAACGUGUGAACGGGUCCCUUGCCACCUUCUCCACCGACCAGGAGCUGCGCUUCGUCCUGGCCCAGGAAUGGGACCAGCCCGAGCGGAGCUUUGCGUGGCAGGACCAGCACAAGUUGUGGGUCGGCUACCAGUACGUCAUCACGGGCCGGAACCGCUCUCUAGAAGGUCGCUGGGAGGUGGCCUUCAAAGGCUCUUCGGAGGUGCUCCUGCCCCCAGACCCAGUGUUUGCGGGGGCCGCGGCUGAGGGUGACGGCGUGUUCUGCGCACAGCUGCAGUGCUUCCACUUCCCCACUCUCCGCCACCACGACCUGCAUAGCUGGCGCGCCGAGAGCUGCCACGACAAGUCCUCGUUCCUGUGCAAGAGAAGUCAGACAUGUGUCGACAUCAAGGACAAUGUGGUGGACGAAGGCUUCUACUUCACCCCCAAAGGGGACGACCCCUGCCUGAGCUGCACCUGCCACGGCGGGGAGCCCGAGAUGUGCGUGGCUGCCCUGUGCGAGCGGCCCCAGGGCUGCCAGCAGUACCGCAAGGACCCCAAGGAGUGCUGCAAGUUCAUGUGCCUGGACCCAGACGGCAGCAGCCUGUUGGACUCCAUGGCCAGCGGGAUGCGUCUCAUUGUGAGCUGCGUCUCCUCCUUCCUCAUCCUGUCACUGCUGCUCUUCAUGGUCCACCGGCUGCGCCAGAGGCGCCGUGAGCGCAUCGAGUCCCUGAUUGGAGCGAACCUGCACCACUUCAACCUCGGCCGCAGGAUCCCUGGCUUCGAUUACGGCCCCGAUGGGUUCGGCACGGGCCUCACACCGCUGCACCUCUCUGAUGACGGUGAGGGUGGGGCCUUCCACUUCCACGACCCUCCCCCGCCCUACACUGCGUACAAGUGCCCGGACACUGGCCAGCCCGAUGACCCGCCGCCCCCCUACGAGGCCGCCAUCAACCCAGACGGUGUGUUCUACAACCCCGCAGAUGAUGAUGCCUUUGAGCCAGCAGUGGCAACCCCAUCAGCCACAGGGGAUGGCAGCGAUGACAGUGCAGCACCCCGACACCUGGAGCAGCCUCUGCCCGCCACCGGGGCCUCUCUGGCAGACCUAGAAGACUCGGCCAACAGCAGUAGUGCCCUGCUCGUGCCCCCCGACCCCGCCCAGAGUGGCAGUGCCCCCGCCGCAGAGGGGCUGCCGGGGGGCGGCCGGCACAGCCGAAGUUCCCUUAAUACUGUGGUGUAGAGGAUGGCCGGCUCAUGGCCCCAACGGGCGGGGAGCUCCUGUUUGCUGUCGAGAAAACCUUGAUCCCCGUGGGAGACUUGAAGGGCCCCUGAGCACGCCUGGCCCCUGCUACACUGCGCUGGCCCUUAGGGGGCCAGCCCCUGCCCCAAGGCUCCAUGCCGGCUUUGGAGACAUGCAUAGCUUUGGGUCACUGUCUUUUUCUUUUUAAAUGGCCGAAGAAUGACAAAAUUCAUGAGACCACAGAUGUCAGAAAUAGGGAAUGGAGAAGGCACUGUGGCUUUGGGCAGGGCCAGGUGGGGCCACACCGGCCCUCCUGGGAUGGUUUGCUGAUGUAGGCCCUCAGAGGACCCCAUGGCCACCGUGUGCACCCAGGCAGCAGGUGUCUGAGGACCAUCAGUGUGGUCUAGGUAGCAGCUCUGCUUCAGAGCAGAUGGACUUGGAGGUCUCUACAAGGGCUGCUGUGGGGAUGGCCCCUGGGUCCAGCUGUGAACAUCCUGGUACCCUGACCGGGGCUGGGAGCUGGCCUGUGGCUCUGGUGCCCGAGGCCUGAAGAGGGGAGCUUGGAAGGAGGUUGGACUCUGCACUCUUUCCAGCUGGGCUCCAUCGAGCCUAGUUCUGUGCCAGGAGACCCUGGCCCCACCCCAUGGCUUUCUCCCCAGCACCGCUGUGCAUGGCCCCCGGGUGCGCAUGAGUGUCUUGGGCCCUGGACCCCUGCCAGGGCUGGCUCAUGUCUACACCCCCCACUCCUGCUGAACCUGCCCCAGGGCCUGGCUUGCCCCCACCCCACCUUGUUUGUGCCAUAAAGGGUUGUUUGUUUCAAGGAGGGGUGGCUGACACCAACGUCCCAGGCUGUCCAUCUCCUGGGAAUCCACUUCUCACACCACCACCACCACUAAGCUGAUGCCCGGUGGUCACAUGUCGCCUCCCCAUCCUCAGCAUGGAGUGCUGGGGGCCCCCCGCUUGGGACCUUUUGACUGAGGGACCCUGUUGCCUGCUUCUGGGUGGUGGUCUUGUCUCCUGACCCAGGGCUUUUAGUGUUUCUGAGGUUUGGAGAUUAAGCGGGUUCUGUGCGAUUUUUAGCACUCCAUAUCUUUUCUACGUUGAACGUCUGGAUCUUUUCUUUUUUUGUGUGCGUGUGAGUCAUGUGCGUACCUGUCCAAGUGUUUGCAGGUGGUGACGGUACCCGGGGACUCGGCCAUGGGGCCUCCCUUCCAGGGAUGGCCAUGGCGUGUUGGGUGGCAUUGAGGUGUGGCCCUCAGCUGAGAGCACAGAGCCCUUCCCUGGCCCCUCACAGCCUUUCUGGACCAGCAGCAAGGAGAGGGUGACAAAGUGGGUGCUCUGGGGUGACAGGCCUUGGUGGUGCUGUCCAUUUCUAGGCACAUUCUCACUAUCUUCAGUUGGAAACCAUUUUGUUCUUCCCUGGGUGGGUUGUGGGUCUCAAGUGGCCCACAGACCUGGGCUUGGCCUCCAGGAGCCAGUGUGCUGGAGACAGGCCUCAGGCAGGCAGGCUGCAUGCCGAGCAGGGGCUGGUGCUGGAGAGCGGUCUCCCGGGCACACAUGCCCACACUGGCUGCUGAAGGCAAAGCAGGAAGCGUGUGGCGGCUCCAGCAUGCUUUGGACUCAGAGCAGCAGCCACAAGCCUUGUUGGUGCUGGGGAAGGGUCCUGAACACACCUGCUUUGGAGGCUGUACCCCAUGGGGGCCUGGCCGCAGCAGCUCAGGGCCCCUCCCAGCCCCUGUACCUCUGGCCCAGGCCUCAGAUCCAGGUGUACAGGGCAGGGCACAAAUGUGUGGGACUGGAGGACCUCUUUUGGGGACUGAAGGACUGCUGGGCCAGUCAGGUGUGUGGGAGGCACUGAGGGUGGCCUGAGGCAGACUGUGGGGGGUGGGGGGCUGUUUCUGUACUGGCCAGGGUUCAGUCCAGGGUGGCUCAGCCCACUGGUGUCCUUGGGCUGGACAGGAGGCCUGUGGGCAGUGCUGCUGCAGGCCCUGCCUGCUGGCCACUGUGUCUCCAUAGCUGGUGGAGCAAGGCAGCCCGCCCCCCGCCAGUGCUUGGUAAGAUCUGAUUGUUCCCCGUGGUCGGAUGAGUCCUGAGACCAGCCCUGGUGGAGACCUUUGUGCUCCUGGUAGGGACGGGCAUGCUGGACCCCUAAAGGGACAGGCAAGCUCUUGGGAGGGGCCUCCUGCCCCGAGACCUGACCUGCCUGGUGGAGGUGGGUGUCGAUACUGUACAUUGUCUCAAUGCCUGUUUUUUAUGUUUUCCUUUCACUGAGGGUUUUUAGUUUGGGUUAAUUUUUGGUUGGGUUGGCACUAAUUCUUUUCUUAAGAUGCUGUGAGAACCAUUUCAUCCAAAUGCCAAAUAAAUUUGUGUUCUGGAA